CAGUGAGCUUUCAUAUCACCAGUGUUGAUCCAAAUGGAACACAGCACCACGCAUAUUAAGCGCAAGCCUCCUUCAUCCACGGCCUCUUCGAGUAACAAGCGCCGACGUCACCGGCCUCCUGCAUCUCCAACACCAGCGCCGAGUGCUCCCCUUUCCCGCCCCAAACCCAAGACGCGGCGACUUGCCACUUCUAACAAAGUUGCGGAGUCAAAGCCAAAAGAGAAAAGGAGAAAAGUGGAGCAGUUGACACUAUUCAGUCGCUACGCAGACCCAUUGGUACAGAGUCCCAAGCCUCAGAUCAAUCACCGCAGUACUGGAGCCACUAUAUUAGAGACUCCGCCAGUUCGCCGUACCGAGCCAGGAUCUGUCAAUGGAGGGACAGUGGAUUUAGCCACAGUGCCGGAUAUGACGAAGCUGGAGAUAGUGGAGGGAGACGAAAUUCUGGAGACGAUGCUGAGAGCGAGCACGCCGAGAGUGAAGCGUAAAUUCCCAUCAGAAGAAGCUUUAACGGACAGUGAGCAGAAGGAUCGGGAGAUUUUACGUCGUCGACGGGUGAAAUUGAGAAGUCAGUACUCGGCAAUGAAGGACCAGCAAGUUGGCGAUGUCGGCUUUACAGUCCCGACACAGAGUCUUAACAUUGAGAGGAAUUUGUUCCAAUCAGAGGAUAAAACGGAGCAAAUUAAAGCUGAAGAAGUGGAGCGUGCGCAGUUGGAAGAGGAGGAAGCGGAGACGGACGAAGAGACGACUGAGAGCAAGAUCAACCGGCUAAGCAAAGCGAUUCACUUGAACUGGCGCCAAUUUUGUCUGUGGUUGCUGUCGGGUGCUUUCCUGCUCUGUGUAGUGGUUGUGACAGCACCUUUUGUCAAGAAAUUACUGGAGCCAUCGUUGCCGUACUGCGAUAGCGAAUGGAUUGAGGCAAACGAGGGAUCUUUUGUGCUUGCGGACCCUGCAGACUACUUUGAUCGCUCGAAGGCAUUGCAGCCUUUUAUUGAAUCCACUGAUAUAUCUACCCAGACAUCGAGACCACUCUGUCAACCAUGUCCAGUGUAUGGCAACUGUCUCAAUGGCUCCGUGAUAUCAUGUGCGCCUCCAUAUUUAUUGCACUCCGGAGUCUGCAAGGAAAAUCCUGAAAUUCAGGAAAAUCUCGACCAACUUGCACUUACGAUCCAGAAAUUUGUCGUCGAUAAGGCUGCGAAGAAUGUGUGCGACAACGUGUCGUUGUGGAGCUAUCUCAAUCCUGGAAGCAAAGCAGAGUCCACGAGAGACCUUGCGUCGCCAAUAGAAGUGCUGCUGUUUGAUGUGCAGGCCUUCGUGACAAGAACGAUCUCGUUCGGCAAGGCUGUGGCGAUGCUGCCUCGUGAGUACGUGUUCAAUCGCGCUCUGGAUAUGGCUCUGCGUGACCUAAAGGACAUCGUCGUAACCGAGGACCAGAGACAACUCAUUGUGGGCGGCAGUGUCGUGCCGUGGUCGUGCCGCGCCAAGCUCCAACUGUACUCACACUUUAAACUUAUCGCACUGGCUGUCGCAUUGGGGACUGCGUUGGUCUUCAGCUACCGACACUUCCUCUUAUAUCGCACAGAACGGCAAUUGGUGGAUCGAUUCGUGAAAGAAGUGCGCUUCUUCCUUUUAGACCGGACACGCAAACGCGAUCGAUUCUACCCGUCUGACCAUCUUCGUGACGAUCUGUUCGAGAAACAAUCUCUUCAGAAUCGAGCUUGGCUGUGCAAGAGUGUCUGGCCCAAAGUUGUGGCUGUUGUGAACGAUGAAUCUCGCAUUAGGACGCGGGUGAUCAAAGUGCGAGGUCAAGAUCUGGUCGUGUGGGAGUGGGUUUCGUCAUCGUCACCAACGCAUAGACGACCCGGAGGUAACAGAGGCGGAGGCUUCCACGCUGCAUCGAGGUCACAACAAGUAACGGGCGAUCGCUCUAGAUCGACACACGUGCACCAACGCAAGAAGGUUACAUGAGUGACCUCGUCAAUAGUGAUUCACUUUUAAGGAUCUCGCGCAGCAAUUUUUGAUUAAUGACGUUAACGGGUAUCACUGACACUUCCUGAUUGUGUCUUUGUUGUUGUGUUUAGUCGUAGAAAUGAGGACAGAGAUCGUCAGGAGAGAUGGCAGUGAGUGAUUCGAGGGAAAAGCUGCUCCGAUCACGAAAUUCGUCUUCACCGUCGCUCCCAGGCUUCUCUGACGUUAAUGCCGAUGCUGUCUGGUAACUGGUAAGCAACUCAAUGGUCUGUGUGAGCCAUCGACGUCUUCCUUUCAUUGAGUCUUCUUUCUCGCCGUGGUGACGAAGGCGUUGAGACUCUUGCUCGAACAAGUGACGCGCACGAUCCAGAGCUUUGAGCGCGAUGGAUUUCGUCUCCAUUUUGCUUUCUCGAUUGUCCGCGAUCAACGCGCUUCUCUCUUGUGGAGGCGGCACCAGUGCACAGACUGCACGAGCAGAGGACUCAAGCAACUUCGGAGUUUUAACGCCGGAGCAGCUCUGACACAGUUGACAAAGCAGAAAAUGACCGUCGAGCUCCAUUACUUGCUGUCGAUUGGGUCUGGAGUUCGCAAUAACAGCGAAGGAUUCACAGAGAGCGAUGAGUGCUGCACCAACACCACGCUCGUCAUCGUCGUGUUUCGUGUCGGGGAUGGCACCAAGUGCAUAGAGCAGCACUUGGAGUCCAUUCUGUGCGGCUACACGGGCUUUGUUCGGCUGGUUUUGGUGACAGAGACAAGCGAGUGCAGUGGAUGCAGCCUCGAUGACUAGAGGCUGACUCACUGCAUCUACCAGUAAUUGCAGGAGCAGCGUUGAUGCGUUGCUGUAGCCGAUAGUGAGUUGGUUCACCGAAGUGUAAGCCAAAUUAGCAAGACCAACUGCUCCUGCCCGAGCAAGCUGUGGACUCCGCUGUAGAUUAGCAGCUGUGAGACACGCAGUCAGUGCCGUGGGCGCUUCAGCCGCCAUCAAUGCGCUUUGGUUUACUACGUGAUUGAACGCCACGUUCCCGAGAAGCUUAGCAGCCUCAGUUUGUACACCAGCACUUGAGCUUUCUCGAACAUAUCGCACUACUAUUGGCAGGAAGUAUGGACUAGCAGCGAUUUGAGAACGCAGAAUUUCACAAUCUGAAAUAACAGCAGGUGUGAGUUUCAAACUAGUUUAGUACUGAAUGAGCUUCGUACCAUGAGAUAAAUUGACGAGUGCACUCAGUAUGUUUUCCUGGACAGCGAGGUCCCAAGGCAAAGGAAG